GUUUGCAGGUAAAAGGAGCAAGCGACAAGAGAAAAAAAAAACUGAAAAACAUUAAUCCUGGCAGAAAGCGAGGAGUGCAAUGGAAACACGCGACUCUUUAUGCGAUACAGUCUGAGAGAAAAAGGAUUUAAAUAAAAAAAAAAACUCGCUCCUGAAGGCUUUAGCGGAAAGUGUCGCUUUGUGAGUGGAAGCAACUUGGACAGCUGCGUGUUUUCAAGCGGAGCCAUCAACAAAGAAUGAAAGCGUUGAAACGAGCUCUGGAGGAUGACCCCCACCCGGAUCAGGACCAUUCCUCGGCCAUGUCGGACAGCGACGACGGCUCCCCGCUCGACCUGUCAGGAAGGGGUAACUUUGGGAAGCGCCGUCGCCGCGGAAACCUGCCGAAAGAGUCGGUGCAGAUCCUGCGCAGCUGGCUGUACGAGCACCGCUUCAACGCAUACCCAUCGGAGCAGGAGAAGCUCAGCCUUUCCAACCAGACUAAGCUCUCCGUGCUGCAGAUCUGCAACUGGUUCAUCAACGCUCGUCGCCGCCUCCUUCCUGACCUUCUCCGAAAGGAUGGAAAAGACCCCACCAAGUUCACAAUCUCGCGUAAGGUGGUCAGUAAAUCUGAGGGCCAGCAGUCGACCGCAGGCGAAGCAAGCUCUCCUGAAAUCGUUGCUUCAGCUCGCUCCUCUCAACAGCGUCCAUCCGUGAUCCGCUCUGCGCCCACUCUGGACCUCAGUCUGCUGGGGAACACGGCCACGGCCAUCCUCACCGGAGCGGGCUACCCAGGAAAGGAGGGGUCUGUGCAGGCGCUCAUGAAGCUGGACACACAGAGCCUGUUGAGGGAAGCGGAUGAAAGGGGCAUCCAUUCGACCGUUCCGGCUAACAUGGCUGCCAGCCACUCCAGUGGUCUCCUCAACACGCCUCCACCCACCCCUCCUGAGCUCUACCCGAGUCAUGACUUCAGUGACCUGCGGCUGCUGGUUGAUGCUGCGCUGCAGAGAGCUGCAGAGCAGGACCUGCUCAAGGAGACCCACAGCAAACCAGCAGAGCCUCUGGAAGCCAAACUGGUGGAUGCAAAUGAAAUGGGCCGCACCCCCCCUCCAGAGGAAAAGGUCAUGGAUCCUUCCAGAGCGCAGUGUCUGAUGGAGAAAGCUAUGUCCGUCCCAGAGUCAAUCAAAUCUCCUUGUACUGAGUCGUCAACCGCCGCUGUUCCAGUUCUUGCUCCAGUCUUGCUCCCCGCCUCCAGUAUGACGCCUCUACCAGCAAAAAAAGGAAUAUGGAACCCCUUAGAUAAAGACGCUGUCAGAACAUCCAGCCCAAACCAGCCUCCUCUCAUCCCAGCCCGUCUCCCAGCUAUAGUACCAGUUUCUGCUGUUGUCCUGGGGCGACCAGAGCUCCAGAAACCUGCUGCCCUCCCAGUCAUGAACCCAAAGCUGCCUCCAGCUUCCACAUCCGUCUCCCCUCCAGCCUCAUGUCCAGUGACUGCAUCAAGUCCAGCGGUAGGCCCGGUCUCCAUGGAAAUACCUUCCUCCCAGUCAGCAACCUCCUCUGAUUCCCCGCCGUUCCACAAACCCCCCUCCAUCCCCGUCACGGCCCCCACCGUGCUGCACGCCUCCUCCUCGGUCUCCUCCGCAGCACCGGCCGUCCCGCCUCUCCUGAGCCUCGCCUCCCACCUCACCCCUCACUCCGCCGCUGGCAGCAGUUCAGCCAUAGUGCCCAAGGUUUGGAGCGUGGUUCACGCCAACAGCAGGCCGGCUGGUUCCCUCCAGGUGGUAAAGACCCCCAUCAGCACGGUGUGGGGGCCGCAGCGCAACCUGCACACACUGAGCGAAGCUGUGAACUAGAAGCUGCUGCCGUUCUUUUAAGAUCUACAAACCCAGGAGGGGGGGGUAUGUUUUAUGGAUCGGAACUUUGAAGAUUAGAGGAGAAUGAUCCUAAAACGUUGACAAGGUAGAAGAACUGUACGAUAGUUUACCAGCAUUUCCAGUGGCAGAGCUGGACUUCAGUGAAUGUA